UCGAUAAUUCGGUGGCGUUUUAAACUCUAGCUAGGCCGUUCACCUGUGCACACCACGUGUGGAUGUUUGAUAUCGAAAACACCUGUCGCCCUGCUGGUUCAUCAAUCUGCCAGUGUUCCCGACUCCAUUAUCACGACAUUUUGUCAGGAUUUUCUCUUUAUCGUUGUCCAAAAACAAACAAACAAACAAAAAGUUACACGGGUCAUAUGUCAUGGCAUAUAGGAGAAGACGUCAACGCUCACUUGCAAACCAAAGUGAUAGACAUAUACCCAACAACAUGGACCAACUUACUUUCAAGUACAUGGAGAUGUGCAAAGUGGAGUCCAGCACAGAUUCGGACUCUGAAAUCAGUCCAAGAUGGUCGGACACCAGCACUAUGGGAUGUGUGAGCAGUGCACCGGAGAGUGGUACUUCACGGCGGCCAUUGUCAUUGACGCACAAGCCUGCAGGGAGACAUGGCUGUUAUUCAUUGUUUCUGGACCCGUACGAUGGGAGCUCUGAGGAUUCAGAUGAGUCAAACACUGAUGUCGCCGUCUCCAGCAGGCAGACAAGGCAGCAAGGGAAAUGUGGAGGAGGAGGAGGAGGAGGAGGAGGAGGAUGUCGACACUCUGGCAGGAGCAGGCGACUUGUCCUUCACCACCCUGCCUCUGUUUCCCUCAGAGAAGUGGUGAAAAAUGGGAUGAGACAUUCUUUCAUAGAGCAGCAGCAUCACUUGGACGUCCAGAUGAAAUGUGGAAGUGACUUUGAACCAGACGCUCUGCCCUCCCACGCUGACAGGGAUGGUUGUAGAAAUGUUACAGAAGAAACGACACGGCACACCCAAAUCAUGGACACGGAAUCACAGCUUGAUGAUUCGGGUUUGCACACAACCAGACCUCAAAUGCUGGACAGCUCCUCGGAAAAAUCCCCCAGCUCUUGUAACCUUAGACCUUUUUACAAGAGGAAACUGGGUCUCCUCGGAGCAGGCAUGGUGGAGUUGGGACAAAGAAAGAGGCAGUGCGUCGUCAGCAUGGAGGACGACCAUGAAGGAAAAGACUCUGCGCCUGAACCAUGUUAGAGCUGACACUGACAGUCCUCUUAAAUACUUUAAAGCUGGACUGAAAUAUUGUAUAUAGUUACUUGGAAAUGCACUUUGAUUAAUCAUCUACAGAUAAAGUGGUGUGUAUUUAAUUAUGAAAUUAGAUUUUUGUUUUUGUUCAAAAUAAGCUCAAUAAGUUUCUACUUCUGUUCUGGAUAGAGUUCGAGCACCUCCUGAUUUUGGUGCUCAGUUCAAGUGAAUAUCAGCCACAGGUGCUUCGAAGUCUAUUUUUUUCUGUUAAAAAUUAUGAGCUGUUUAUUUUAUGCACACUGCCAAAAAAUAUAAUAUAUAUCUAAAUUGCUUUAUGUUUUUGCUAAAAUAUAAGUUCUGCCAACUGAAGUCCUGUUGAAAGUAAUGUCCAUAUAAAUGGUUCUAAUUAAAGAUGCACAUCGUUCA